UUUCAUUGCGCCGAACGCGUUCAAAUGCGUUCUUCCUCGCCGCGUUCUCAGUCCGACAAAGUCAAAGAGGAAGUAUCACUAUUGCACCGAACUUCCGCUCCUCCUCCCUUCCAGGCUGAGAUUGAACCAUCCUCUCAAAUUAUUGUCAACGCUCACGGAGAAUUAAUCGAAGACAACAAACGUGCACUAAUUGGGCCUCUCCAGCAAGCAUUACCUCCUUCCUCAACCCAACAUCCACCUCUGAAUCGGACUCGAACAACUUCCCCGCUCAACGUCAACCAAACUCGGGCUGAAUCUAUCCAGAGAACUGCUUCACCGACUGUGAAGAAAGAGGAGCAGCUGCCUGUAUUAAUUCAAGAAGAGGGAAAAGACAACUACAUUUCUUAUGUCUCUCUCGUCAAGUCAGAACGCCAAGGCUAUAGCGUCUGGUCUGUGGACGCGUUCAAUCUUGGCCCAGAGAUCGACGUACCCAAGAAGUACCAGAGCAAAGGCUGGACCCGUAGAGUUAUUUCUGCCGCUUUUGGAGGGAGCGUGCAAGCUGUUGAACACCACUUCGGCAGUAAAGCGACAAAAACACCAUUUUUGACGGCCCAACGUUCUUGGAACUAUGCCCUUCCGCACCCAGGAAAGCACGGUAUUGGCUUUCUGGACUUGAGGGACUGUCGUGUCCGACCAGAACCCAUCCCAGUCUUCGCAGGAUAUGGUCGCAAUGACUGGCGCCUUCUUGGGAUGUACGAGUAUUCGCGCUACGGUGAAAUUGCACCUCAACAUGUGGCUGAGCUCCCUGAAGAUGUUUUGAAGGAGUGGGUGAAGGGGAUCGUGACUUUCAAGGAGUGGGGUAAAAGUUGCAUCGCUGAAGCCAACGAGACCAUUGUAGACGAAGACUUGAAGGUCGUGCAAACCGAACAAAGCGUGGAGGCCGCUCUGCGCGACGGACGGCUUGCCAUCCCAUUCACCAUUCUCAAAUGUGUCCAGUUUCCGAUGGAGUGGAUACGGCGCUUGGAAGAAGAAGAGGAAAAGCAGAAGCCAAAUUCCAGGAAAAGACGGCCAACGAAACAAAAGAUGAAUGUGUCGAAACGUGUUAAGAAGGAAGAAGUUGUGAAAGACGAGGAAGAACUGGUCAAGGCAGGGUUAGAAGGUGAGGAUGCUGGCCACUCGGAGCAAGAAGCAAACAUUUCUGGGUUGAGAAGGUCCCAGCGCAAACUCAAGAUGAGGAUGCAUUCCGAGUCCGACGUAGUCAAGAAGGAAGACCCAGAGAAUAAGGCGUUGGCUGAAAGUACCGCACUGCUAUCAAGAAAUAUUGUCGAUGCACAUGGUCAAUUGACAGAAGAUGAACAUAUCGUCACAAAGGAGAAGCCUCCUGUGAGCCUGGCUCAGGAGACGCGAAAUUCCUCGCCACUCCAACGCGUGCCAUCCCCAUCACCAAGCCAUGUAGCGGCCAAUGUUGGACAGCGUUCCGAAUCUCCUCCAAGAAGCACAUCGGAGUCUUCGCCAGUGGUUGUUAAAAAGGAAGAACAGCUUCCCGUUCUCAUUAAAGAAGAGGGCAAGGAGGAUUAUUUUUCUUACGUUUCACUCGUCAAGUCGGAAAACGGCGGCCACGAUAUAUGGUCGGUUGACGCGUUCAAUCUCGGCCCUGAUGUUGAGGUACCUCCCAAGUACCGAACUAAAGGUUGGACGCGGAAGGUUAUUUCUGAUGCAUUCGGAGGAGGACUUCAGGCUGUUUCCCACCACUUUGGCGAAAAAGCAACAAAACCGCCAUUCAUGGCUGUCCAGCGGUCCUGGAACCAUGCGCUCCCGCCAAAUCCAGGAAUGCAUGGGAUGGGCUUCUUCAAUCUUAGACACUGCCGUGUUCGACCAGAUCCGAUCAACAUUUUUGCGGGGUAUGGCCCCAACGACUGGAGACUGCUCGGAACAUAUGAAUAUCUGCGUUAUGGUGAAAUCGCGCCCCACCAUGCAGAACAGCUGCCAACAACCGUCUUAAAUGCCUGGGUCAAGGGGGUUAUCAUUCAUAAGGAGUGGGGGAGGGCGUGUAUCGACAACGCCAAUGAGACUAUCGUGGACGAAGACCUGAAGGUUGUCCAAACGGAAGCAAGUGUUGAAGCUGCUAUUUUGGAUGGUCGAAUGAUUAUCCCGUUCACCAUUCUCAAGUGUGUCAGAUUUCCCAUGGACUGGAUCCAGCGGCUAGAAGAAGCGGAGGCCAACCCGAAACCAUCGAAGUCCAAAUCCAAGAAAAGAAAAGCACCGAAUAAAAAGCGGAACGUUUCGAAACGCGUCAAAAGGGAGGAGGGCGUGAAAAAGGAGGAAGACAUGGUGUCAGGAAGUGAAUCCGAGUCGCACAAUGAUCAUGACAGCGACCAGGACGCAGACGUUCCUGAGAGAGUAUUGAGAAAGUCUCCACGCGAACGCCAGGCGAGGGUAUGA